AUGUUCCACGAUACCGGAGUGCGUGAGGGUGUGGCCAUUGUUCAACUAGCCACAAGCCGCGUAUUUCAUGUUCGCAAAAACCUGGAUACGGCGCUUCGACAAUUCAGAUCUCCAUACAGUGACGUCAAUGUUUGGGUGGAUGCUUUGUGUAUCAACCAAAGAGACAAUAUAGAGAAGAAAACGCAGGUUUCGAGAAUGAACGAGAUAUAUAGUGAAGCAGAAGAGGUCGUCGUCUGGCUCGGCGAAGGGAAUACCGAAACACGCAAGACAUUCAAACUUCUGAGGUCAAUCCUGAACUUGCAAGAGCUCGACAAGUUGAUCAAGGAUACAAACAAAUAUGAGCAGUGGAUGUUGAUCGUCAAAUUGAUGAGACUACCUUGGUUCACUCGACGCUGGGUAAUCCAGGAAUUAGCGUUGGCAAAAAAAGCGACAGUUCAGUGGGGCCCAGAGCGCAUGCUUUGGAAGGACUUCGCUGAUGCCAUUGCUUUAUUCAUGACUAGACAUGAUGAGAUCAAAGCGUACCUGGAAAAGCCGAAAACCUUUUCGGACAAACAAGACCACGAUGCGCAUCUGGGCCUGAUAGAACCGCAAGCACUGGGUGCUAACACUCUCGUUGAUGCCACUACGAACUUGUUCCGGAGAUCUGAUGACGGAAAAAGGAUCCAAGAUCGCCUCGUCGACCUGGAGGUCUUGGUAUCCUCUAUGUUCCUUGCCUUCGAAGCUUCGGAACCGCGAGACACCAUUUAUGCGGUCUUGUCCCUGGCCAAAGACACAAUGCCCCGUCCUAAGUCC